CUUCCGAACGUGUAUACUAACUGACUCUCUAGUUUUCUGAGUUAGCUAGUCGUCUGAGUUGGGAAAUCUUUUGACUGGUUACCAGAAACUCAGCAGGAAAUCCGAUUUGCAAAAAAUAAAAAUAAGAAAUAAAAAAUGAAAGGAAUCGAAGUAGAUUAUAUUUAUAGCUAGAGUUAGGGUUUCCUUGAUUCUGGGUUUUCCACUUUUUUCCUCCUUUUGUAAAGGGAAAUUUAGAAAAAUUAAAUUAUUGUAAUUGUUUUUUUGUAAAGGAAUUUAGAAAGAGUAAAUGGCAGAUGGUUACUGGAAUCGGCGACAACCAAAUCCUCCGAUGCUCUCUUCUGGUGGGAUGCUUAAACGACCACGUACUGAUUACGGUGCCCUGCAGCCCUCCUUUGUUUGAGUGAACCUGAGACCAGCAGUGCAAGCACAAGUGAAAUUCCAUUUUGUUUAUGCUCCGCCUUCUGGACCACGUUCAGCUCUUGAGAUGCCUAGUUAUUUGGCAAGAGAUGAUGAUCAUGGUGGGCAUCUGUCUGUGAGGGAUACAAAAUCUAUUGGAUCAGCAUAUGAUCGUUAUCUCCAGAGUGCAAAACUUUCUUCUUUUACUUCUGGAGAAGCUAGUGCAUUUGGUGGGUCAGGAAGGGCUGUUGGUGGUGCAAUGCCUGUUCAUCCAAUAGCUGAUCCUCCCCUGAUGGGUCGUCUUGGAUCUGCUGCUCCAGAUCUGUCACCAAAUGGUCAUAAUAUCGGUUAUAGUGGUCAACAUCCAGUGGAUGCAAUUGCAAGGCCUGGUCGAGAUACCGUUCCUCUCCCUCCAGAUGCUUCCAAUACUCUAUAUGUUGAGGGAUUUCCUCCUAACAGCACAAGGAGGGAAGUAGCUCAUAUCUUUCGCCCUUUUGUUGGAUAUAAAGAAGUACGGUUAGUGAGCAAAGAACCCCGACAGCGUGGUGGAGAUCCUAUUGUCCUUUGUUUUGUUGAUUUUUCAAGUCCUGCCUGUGCAGCAACUGCAAUGAGUGCCUUGCAAGGUUAUAAAAUGGAUGAACAUGACCCAGAUUCUAACUACUUGAAGCUGCAAUUUUCUCGGUACCCUGGCCCAAGGUCAGGUCCUGGAACUCGUGGAAGGAGGUAAAUGUCACUUUCUGUAGACAAAUAGGCUUGUUUGCAAGCCAUUUUUAACCAAAUUUUUAUGGCUAUCCUUUUUAUAAAUGGAAGGGUUUUGAGGAUUGCCCGGCCUUAUUAAAUAGUAUUAAUAUGUUGAAAAAUUGAAUUUAAAUUGCUCGAUCCCGCUGAGCAUUGGCCCUAGAAAUUGAGUGAGGAUCAAGCAAUUCUUGAGUUGCUUGCAUAUUUGAGGAAUCCGUGUUGUAUGAUAACUUAAGGGAUAAAGGUGUUUUUUGUUGUAGAGAUGGAACAUAGUAGCAUUUGCAUUUAGUGUUUAAAUUCAGGAUUUAGCGUUUCCUUCACCAUUAAAAGCUCGGAUUUUCACCGAAAACUGUUGUGUGUUAGCUAAUGGAUUUGGAUGGAUAACGUUGUGUUAUUUUAUUAAUGAUAAUUGUUUUCUGCUUCGUUCUUUGGA